AUGCUGCGUCGCGCUCUUCUGACCUUUCAACUUGCCGGAUGCGUCCUCGGUCAGAGUCCGACCGGGGACCGGUUCGGGCCGCACACAGUGCUCGGGGGCACUGCACCCAUCGAUGCACUGUGCCAGCCAUUUUGUAAAGCCAAGACCCACGGCUGGGAGAAGCUGUGCUCCUGGGCAGGCUGCGGCAUCUGCCCAGAAUGCGCACCGCUCCAACAGCCUCAGCCCAACUGCAGCCCCUUUUGCGCUUCCAAGACCCACGGCUGGGAGAAGAUUUGCAACUGGUCGGGCUGCGCAGGCUGCAGCGAGUGCGAACCAGGCUCUGGCUCCGGGGAAGAAGCCUCAGGGGAAGAAGGCUCAGGGGAAGAAGGCUCUGGCUCCUCGGAAUGCCAGGGCUUCUGUGCAGCAAAGACGCAACCCUGGGACGCCCUGUGCAGCUGGACCGGCUGUGGCGGCUGCACCGAGUGCAUGCUUCCUCCGCCGCUUGAGUACAACCCUACCAUGCCUCCUCUUGUGACCGGUCCUCCCGCGCCGGUGUGCAAGGCAUUCUGCGAGACCAAGACACAGGCCUGGGAUAAGAAGUGCAACUGGGGGGGCUGCAACGGCUGCUCCGAGUGCGGCGCCGAGCCUGAGUGCAAACCAUUCUGCGAGACCAAGACGCAACCAUGGUCGCAAAAGUGCUCAUGGAACGGCUGCUCGGCCUGCGGGGACAUGUGCAAUUCGGGCUCUGGUGAGGACCUUGGUGACGGCGACUACGGCUCGGGCGAAGCUAGCUCCGGCGAAGAAGGCUCUGGCUCCGGGGAAGAAGGCUCCGGCGGCGAGGCGUGUCUCGUGCCAGCGCCGACCCAAGAUAGCAAGUCCUGCCACGACAAGCCAGCCUCGUAUGACGGCUUUGUGAGCGGCACCUCUCCCGCCCACAUCCUUGAGACGUGCAAACGGAAGUGCCGUGACGAUCCCGCUUGCAACUACCUCUCCUUCUGGCAGCCGCUGCCGCGGAGCCUUGGCCGCAAUGCGUGGUGCCGCCUCACAGCCUCGUGCGACAAUUUCUGGCCAGGUCGCAACCCCAAGUCGCACGACAUCUACGUGAUCCCCAAGGCUUGCCUUUAA